CUUCUAUUGAUAACUGUGUUUGCUGGGUGAGGGAAGAAAAGAAAUGAGCUCUCUCAUGGGUUCGGUUUGUCCACUGUAGCUCCUUUUGGGGGUUCUUCAGGGUUACAAGCAUCCACUCUUUGCACUUUGCAGAGAGAGAACGAUGGGAAAUCCUAAGCAGAAAUGGACGACUGAAGAGGAAGAAGCUUUACGAGCGGGUGUAGACAAGCACGGCGUUGGGAAAUGGAAGAACAUUCAGAGGGAUCCAGAAUUCGGUCACUGUCUAUCGGCGCGUUCCAAUAUCGAUUUAAAGGAUAAAUGGCGGAAUAUGAGUGUUAGUGCCAGUGGGCAGGGCUCUAGAGAAAAAUUGAGGUCUCCUAAGGUCAAGGCUCUUCCAGCCCCACCUACUACAGCUCCCACCGUUCAGAGUUCUGCUACCUCUGCUCCAGUUGCACAGGAUGCUCGAGCUGAUACCGUAAAUAAUUCUGGACCUAGAUUACAAGAUGGCAAAGCUGCUCCUCGGUGUGUACCCUUUUGCUUUAACCCUUAUAAAGGUUAUCUAUAUGGACUUUGUGGUUAUUUUGGUGCUUCCUCAUGCUUGCAAUCAGUGUUUUCUUGGUUUCACCUAGAUGAAGUCAUUGUGGUAGGCAGCAUGGAGGUGGCUGGGCAACAGUACUCAGCAGACUAGUCUGUCAAGUCUGUCUAUAAUUAUGCAGUUGCCCAGGGUUCUAGGUUUAUCAAAAGCAAAAUUUAUGGCCAGGUCCUUGCCUACAACAACAU